UUCACUCUCACAAAGGUAGGAACCAACUCCAGCCGUCGGAUCCCACUCUCGCUUCCCACUUCUUGGUCUCUCCCACUUUUAAUAAAUACACUCAUCACUCGCUCCUCUCUCCCUCUCUUCUUCUCCAUCGGAAAACCGCUUCUUCCACUCAAAGGCGGUUUUCCUCGCCGACCGGCCGGUUCAGUAGGUUCACUGCAUUCAGAAAGUGCCGGUUCGGAGCGGCUCUUGUGGGUCAUCGAAGAGAAAACUGAAUUUCUAAGAUCGGAAAUGGCUGCUGAGAAGACCUUUGAGACAUCUGAGCAGGUGACUAUGGGAUUGAAGUCAGACACCUUUACCAAGUUGACCAAGCAAGAUGUGGUUUCCGGAAAAGAUGGAAUACCAUCUGAUUCAACGUCUUCCCUGUCCUCUUCUGGGGAUGCUACUGCUAGUGUCAAAGGUGAGACUGAUCAAGAGUCAGUUGCAGAGCAAGGUGUUUACUAUCCACCUACUAGCUGUUACAAUUAUUACUACCCAGGAUAUAAUGGGGCCCUGAAUCAAUCAGAUGAUCAUGGCUACUAUAAUGCAGAUGGUUCUUAUACAGGUGUACAAUCAGACAAUGGAAUGGUUUAUUAUCUGCCUGGCUAUAAUCCGUAUGCUAGUGGGACUCUUAUGGGUGUUGAUGGGCAAUGCGUUAGUCAACCUCCUUACUUUUCAUCAGGAUAUCUUCAGCAGCCUGUUCCUUAUGGAACAGAAGCUGUACCGUGUUAUUCAUGGGAUUCGACUUAUGUUGGAGAUGCUACAAAUGGAACCAAUGCUAAUUUUGGGAAUGUAAAAUCUGGCUCACGUCCUACUGCUUCAGCAAAGGCAAACAACUUUCCCUCCAUGAAGGCAAAUGGCACUGUUGCUAAUAAAUAUUCGUUACCUUUUGAUUCCAAGUCACGUCAAUCUGCUGCUCCAUCUAACUUCUCAAAGUCUAUCUUCCAAAGUCAACCUCUCAAACCAUUGAACAAGGCGUCUCAUUUAGGCUCUGAUUUCCCAGCAGGCUUUGCAAAAGGGUUCAGUCCAGUCAGCAAGUUCUCAUCAUUUACCAACCAAAAGCAAGGAUUUUUCCCACAUAAUGGUGUGAUGAACUAUAGACCAAACAGUCGGGCAUGGAAUGGAAAUGAAAAAUAUAAGUUGAGAGAGAAAUCCAACAGAAAUGGACAUUUUGAAUCCUCAACCGAACUAACUUGUGGUCCUAGGGCUCGCAACAGAAACUCUCCUUUGAACUCAGCGACUGAAAAGGAAGAGCUGGGCCUCAUGGUACGAAGAGAUCAAUAUAAUCUACAAGAUUUCCAGACUGAGUAUGAAAAUGCGAAGUUCUAUGUUAUCAAGUCUUUUAGUGAAGAUGAUAUUCAUAAAUGCAUUAAAUAUGAUGUUUGGGCAAGCACUCCAAAUGGAAAUAAGAAACUGGAUGCAGCAUUCCAUGAUGCAGAGGCAAAGGCUAAUGAAACAGGCACAAAAUUUCCGAUCUUCCUCUUCUUCUCUGUAAAUGGAAGUGGACAGUUUGUUGGUGUAGCUGAGAUGGUGGGGCAGGUUGAUUUCAAUAAAGACAUGGACUUUUGGCAGCUUGAUAAGUGGAAUGGGUUUUUCCCAGUAAAGUGGCAUAUCGUAAAAGACAUCCCUAACAGUCAGUUGCGGCACAUAACUCUUGAAAGUAAUGAAAACCGAUCCGUAACCUAUACAAGGGACACUCAGGAGAUUGGACUCAAGCAAGGAGUAGAAAUGCUGAAAAUUUUCAAGAAUUACUCAGCAAGAACAUCAAUGUUUGAUGACUUCAACUUCUACGAAAACCGCGAGAAGUCCCUUCAUGCCAGAAGGAGCAGUAAGCCUCCACCUCCUUCACAGAUGGAAAUAUAUGGGAAUGGUGAUGAUCUUCCAAAGCAUUUACACGGAGAGGAAAGAAAAACCGAAGAACCUGCAAGAACCAGCAGAAGCCAUGACCCCAAAUCUCUCAUCAAUCUCACCAAAAACCUCUCCCUCAGCACCCCCCACCCGCUGAAGAACAGUUCUGGGUUGAACCCGACAGAGAACCCAAGCUCGAACUCGAACUCAAUUCCAUCGGUCUCCGGUUAGACUGCUUCACGUUUAUUACUGCUGUCACAGUUACCACGCUUCCUUUCUGGUCUGAUUCCGUAGUUCACUUCAUUAGGGGGUAGGUUUAUUUUGUUUGAUUUGAUCAGGCUUUGUCAUUAGAUGGUCAGUGUUGAGUUGGAAGGAAUUCAUUCUUGCUUUCCUUUGAUCUGAUUUUUGGGAUUCCUGUUGCGCUUUGGACGCUGAGUGUUGUCAUUUUGAUCACAAGAGAAGAUCAUUAUUCUUCA